AUGCCAAUCUUCCUGCAGCCGACUUUUCCUCACUGCAACUCUAUGCCAGGGGAAGCCGACGUGAUGCCGCCCUUCCGGACUUGUGAUUUCAAUCACGCCACUCCACAUACGACGACUAAUAUGCUCAGAUUCGCGCCUGUCUUGGAUGCGGGAGAUGCUGACGACGAAGAAACGGGAAGCGCUUCUUCUGAUGAGGACGAAGACGAUCAGUCUGAGCGGGCGGAGGAUACUCCCUGUUCGUCUCGAGCGUCGCCGUAUGCGGAUGAGGGCGGUGCAGAUCCUCAGAGCAACGACGCGGGUGCAGACGAACCUGAGGAAGGUCGCGAGGUGGCGGGCGUCAACCGGGUCUGGGGUCCAGAAGGCAUGGAGAACUUUCUGUAUUGCGAGUCGAGCUUAGACCCGUUUCUUCAAGCGACGCACGUCGACACUUCUGAUCUUGGCCCGCUAUACCCUCCUCUUACGCCCUCUUCUCCCCCCGCUCCAUUGGGAUACUUCAACGAUUCCGAAGACUUCAAACUCUUCGAUUUCGACCAACUGGCGCCGGCGCCGACGCAACCCACGGCCGGUCCUUCUUUCACUCCGUACAACUUUGAUCACGGAUAUCCUUCGGACGCAACAAUACCCAUCGCCACCUCUCUUCCUAUCGUCAACGCCAAUUCCUUCGGUAUGCCCUCCGACCAGAACGCGAACUUAGCGUACGUCAACCUCGCCGACCAAAACCUCGCGACGCUACAUCAAUCAUACGACGUUCAUCCCGCGGCCGGCGGUAUGCCCACUCAGGCUGUCGAUUCGUGGCAAAGCUCGGGUGUUUUGCCGCAGCCACAAGACUCUAUGUCUCUUCACCCGCUUUGGUGGCAAGAGCAGCUACACACGGGUGGCUCUUCUGCUGUGCCGCCGAUCCUUCCGCCAUCCCAACCUGGUAUCGCGGCGCCGAGACCACAGCGCGCGUGGGAUACGCCUACGGUUUUGAGCAAUUCAGGCGUAGACGCAGCGCUCGGCAUCACCGACCGGCUGACUGUCAGUGCACCCGCUGAGCUUCCUGUGAAAGCCGACGGCUCUAUGCAAUCAGCGUCCAUGAUCGCACAGACCCACACGCAGAUGUGUACGACCCAUAUUAUGGAAGCGCAAACCUGGCUGCAGUACACCAGCCAUAGCCAGGUUGUACGCGAGCAUCGGUCUGAGACUGUACACACGAGCCAUCUUGCGCCACCAGGGCCGCAGAGAACACAGCGACAGCACGCUCGGAUUACUCAGGGACCGUACAGGACUUCAUAUUGCAGCAGGCGCCAAAGCGUCGAUGCGCUGCUGAACCGCCUUCAUCCAGAGCCGCUCGCUGUACUGGAGCAUGCUGUUACGAACAUGGCAAGCCCCCAGAUGCACGCGCAGAUGUGA